AGCUGCUGCUCUGUUAUGAAUACGCCGGUUUUGACUUUAAGUGUUAUUUGCUAUUUUGCGAUUGUUAUGGAACUAACUGAUGUACAGGCCUGUCGUAUUAUAAUUAGGUUAUAGCCAAACCUGAUGAAAAUAAACAAUCAAACGUUGGACAGCGCAGGUCACUGUAUCUUCUCUCUCAGUCGGUCCUCUCAAGUGGAGAAGUCCCCUCACUUGUGUGUGUCUGAUUUGUACACAACAGGUGAUGGCCCGCUGCAGAUGCAAUGGAAGGCUGCUGUGCAUGUGCCUAUUGCCUUGCAUGAUGACCGGACACCUUCUGAUCUAUGUCAUGGUUUCCAUAUUUGUCACCAUCUCCUACUCUCCUCCUCAAAUAUCGGUGCACUAUAUCGCUCCGGGGGCUUCCGCAAACUCCGGGGCUCUGGCCUCGCACCCACUGGGCCCUUUCUGGAACCUUCGUCUGGAAGAGAGUGCGCUGUGGAACCGGCUGCAGCACAUUUGGGACCGUCAGCAUAAUCCAAUACUACACGGAAACACAACUGGAGUAAUGAGGAAGCCCAAGACCAAGCUCUCUCCGUCAGUAGAGGAAGAGUAUAUUAUAGACUGCAUGUCAUACAAGUGUUUAGUCCAUCAAUUGCAUGACUAUAACAGCUUGCCAGAGCAAAUGAGAGCUUUUAUUAGGUCAAUGCACUGCAGGCAAUAUCCCCUCCUCAUCAAUCAGCCUGAUGCAUGUGGGGGAAACAAAAGCUUUGGUCUGGAGACCCCCAUGCUCCUGAUGGCCAUUAAGUCUCAGGUAGGGAACUUUGAAAAUCGACAGGCCAUCCGUGAAACAUGGGGGCAAAGUGGUUUAGUGAAGGGAGAACUGAACAGGAAGGGAGGGUUGGUGCGCACUAUUUUUCUGCUGGGAAGGCAAGACUCAAGCACAGGCCCUCACCCAGACCUCAGAAACCUCCUGGACCUCGAGAGUCAGAAAUAUAAGGACAUCCUGCAGUGGGAUUUCAGAGACAGUUUCUAUAAUCUGACUCUGAAGGAUUUGUUAUUCUGGCACUGGCUCCAGCAAUACUGCUCCACUGCCGUUUUUGUCUUCAAGGGUGAUGACGAUGUCUUUGUUCGAACAGGUGCCCUUCUGGAUUACCUGCACAAACAGUGGGAGGAGCACAACAUGUGGCGAGCUUAUAGAAAUGAAACCGACAUGAUGUUGGAUUUGUUUGUCGGGGAUGUUAUCAAUAAUGCAAGGCCAAACCGUGAGCCAGCCACUAAAUACUACAUCCCGGAGAGCUUCUACAAGGGCGUGUACCCACCAUAUGCUGGUGGAGGAGGGGUGGUGUAUUCUGGUUCACUUGCAUUACGCCUAAGAGAGGUGUCAGAGAGGGUCCGCCUUUUCCCAAUUGAUGACGUAUACCUGGGCAUGUGCCUGCACAGACUUGGGCUGUCCCCAAGCCACCACCCUGGUUUUUUAACAUUUGAUCUCCCAGAGACAGAAAGGGACAAACCAUGUGCUUACAGAUCGGUUCUGCUUGUUCACAAGCGGAGUCCAAAGGAAAUGCUGACACUAUGGAAGCAGCUUCAGGCUCUCCCUGCUCAGUGUUGAGGCCAAUUUGUCAUUCAAAUAAGAUCCAUUCAGUCGAGAGCAAAUACUGUAGCUACACGCAUUUUAAAAAAGGAAGAAUAUUUAAUCUUUUGUGAUUGGGGCUGCA